UAUUUUAUCAAAAUUGUAGUCCGAUCACACUCAGUCCACUGGACGACUGCUAAAUUAUCAGUCAGUUUUUCGUUUCCACUUUCGGAAAUGUCCACUCGACGGGGUUGUUUAUCUGUAGUAAGGGGAACUUGAAACCGCCCCUGCCCCAUUUCCUUGGUUGUUUUGCUCCUUUCGCCUGGAUUCUCCAUGUUGGAGCAGCAGGGAGGUUUUAAACGGGACUGAAGGGGAGUGUGCACAAUACUGCUAGCUAGCAUGCUAAGCAAUACUGAUAGUAAGGGAAAACUGAGACGGGUAGCUAAGGGAGUAGCUACCCAGAGAAAACCCAAACACACCGCCCCUCCCAUGUGAACAAGCAGCUACAGAGAAGCGCAGGGAAAUGAUAAAACACUGUUGGUGAAACAAACUGAACACGGAUAUCAACGACAGUUCACGUGAAAUUCGUUGGGAAGCUUGCGCGUUUUUGGGGAAAACGGGUUUGAUUUUUUUGACGUUUGUUAGAUGGAAAGUUCUGUCAUCACCCAAGUGCGGAAAGAAGACGUUAAACUCUCGUCAAAAACAGCUCCGAAGAAGUCCUCCCCCAAGAAGCCCGGCAGCCCCAAACUCUUCAAAGCCCUCUUCUGCUGCCUGCGAGCACAGGAUGUCCUGCGGCCGCCGUCCGCUACCCAGGAUGCCUCGCUGCGCCCCGAGGACGGUGGGCCGGUUGCUAAGGCCCUGGGACCCCGCCUGCUGCCCGAACUGACCGAGCGAGACCAGGGGAAGAUCUGUGUGGUGAUCGACUUGGACGAGACCCUGGUGCACAGCUCUUUCAAGCCAAUCAGUAAUGCUGAUUUCAUUGUGCCUGUGGAGAUUGAAGGAACCACACAUCAGGUGUACGUGCUGAAGAGGCCGCACGUGGACGUCUUCCUCCAGCGCAUGGGCGAGCUCUUCGAGUGCGUCCUCUUCACCGCCAGCCUCGCCAAGUAUGCAGACCCGGUGACGGACCAGCUGGACCAGUGCGGGGUGUUCCGGACGCGGCUGUUCCGCGAGUCCUGCGUCUUCCACCAGGGCUGCUACGUCAAGGACCUGAGCCGGCUGGGCCGCCAGCUGAGCAAGACGCUCAUCCUGGACAACUCGCCCGCCUCCUACAUCUUCCACCCGGAGAACGCUGUGCCCGUGGUGUCCUGGUUCGAUGACCUCAAAGAUGCCGAGCUGCUCAACCUCCUCCCCGUGUUCGAGGAGCUGAGCCGGGCGGAGGAUGUCUACUCCAGACUUGGGCAGAUGAGAGCCCCCUGACCCCAGUUUCUGCCCCACCCUCAGCAGGCAGUUUUCUUCUCACCCAGCAAAGCCAGUCUUUGUGUGGAGCCGGACACGAGCAUGUUGGGUUUGGUUUGUGGGGCUGUUUCAGCAGGGUCGGGCCAGAGCGGGUCACUGGCAGACGGCAUCGUCAGGGUGAGUUUGAGGAGGGCAAAGACGGUCAGUUUGGCGAACAUGGUGAGGCAAAGUUAGCCUGUUAUUACCCUAGACUGGUCAGGGUUAGCCUGUUAUUACCCUAGACUGGUCAGGGUUGGCCUGUUAUUACCCUAGACUGGUCAGGGUUAGCCUGCUAUUACCCUAGACUGGUCAGGGUUGGCCUGUUAUGACCCUAGACUGGUCUGGGUUAGCCUGUUAUUAUCCUAGACUGGUCGGGGUUAGGCUGUUAUUACCCUAGACUGGUCAGGGUUGGCCUGCUAUUACCCUAUACUGGUCAGGGUUGGCCUGUUAUUACCCUAGACUGGUCAGGGUUAGGCUGUUAUUGCCCUAGACUGGUCAGGGUUAGCCUGCUAUUACCCUAGACUGGUCAGGGUUGGCCUGUUAUUACCCUAGACUGGUCAGGGUUGGCCUGUUAUUACCCUAGACUGGUCAGGGUUGGCCUGUUAUUACCCUAGACUGGUCAGGGUUGGCCUGCUAUUACCCUAGACUGGUCAGGGUUGGCCUGUUAUUACCCUAGACUGGUCAGGGUUGGCCUGCUAUUACCCUAGACUGGUCAGGGUUGGCCUGCUAUUACCCUAGACUGGUCAGGGUUGACCUGUUAUUACCCUAGACUGGUCAGGGUUAGCCUGCUAUUACCCUAGACUGGUCAGGGUUAGCCCAUCACUCUGUACACAGGUGUCAGUGGUGCGUGCCUCAGGAUGUGUGUGAGCAGGCAGCCCAGCCCGCUAAACCCAGCCCCCUUCCCUCAAACGCGCCGCCACAACAAGGGUCAUAACCAGGCUGCUCCGGGACAGACCAACGUGCACCGGUAUCCACUGAGAAACCUGGAACCGGAACUACAGGACUAGAGCGUUUGGUCACCUGAGCACUGGGAGACUGGAGCGUCGGGUGACCUGAGCACUGGGAGUCCUGAGCACUGGGAGGGACAGGAAAGGAAACGCAACUGUGACACAAAAACUGUGACUUGAAAAACCUGUUUUUCUUUGUUUUUCGGUUGUGAGGGGUUUUACUCCUCGUUACUUCUACAGAUAAGAUGGCCUUAAGACGCAACUAGGAAAUGGAACAACUCAAAAUCAAAGGGGAACUAUUUUGCUUUUUUAUUUAUUUUAUUUUAUUUUUUUUUUAACCCAGUUGGAAGCGAGCAGGACCUGAGGGGGACCAAGGGGUUGUUCUCAGGGUUGCUAUGCCUUACUAUGACUUACUGUGCUGAUUUUAAACGUUUUGUUUACUUUGUUAUUUUUACUUGUGUAUUUAUUUAUUUUACACAGUGGGUACUUUCAGCUUUUCAACAAAAAUGCAUUUUCAGUGUAAAAUGUAGAAUGGGCUUUGCAUACCCGGUCGAACGGAAGCCUCCUGUUGCUUGUUUAAUGACACAUGCUUUGCAGGCUCUUGCCACUUCCUUCAGUCCAAAUGACACUUAAUGCAGGUGUUAACCAGCAUGUCGUUCUCAGCCAAAUUUCGUUUCAAAGCUUUGUAAGGUCUUUGCAGCAGACUAGUUUCGAAGCCUCCCUUGUUUUCUACUGGCUAAAAUGUUACCCACUCUCACAUUUCAGAUUGGGCUGAUUUUCCGUUUUAAACAGAAAAAGCAGCUAUUGGGGCUAAACUUGAUAAUAAAAUCCUACAAGGGUUCUGUAGGGGAGGCCUCCACUGUGUGUGUUCGUGUGUGAGCGUGUGCAUGUGGGUGAGAGAUUUUAUUUGCCAUUUUUAAAUUGCGGUUUAGACCUUAAGUUCUCUUGGCUUCAUUUUAAGGCGGUGCCAUGUGUUGUUGGAAAUAAGAGUGUUGAAAUUUAGCAAAUCAGGAUUUUCUGUUGGAAGCCGGUGCUAGCCCUGAGAAGCGGGGUACCGUACUAUCAGGAAUUCUGACCGUUUUUGGGGUUUUGGUUUGGUUUGUGUUUGUCUGCAGGAGAGGAGGGGCCUCAAAACCACUGAGACUUCCUGUAAAUGGCUUUCAGCUUCAGAGUAGAGCCAAGGCCCGCAGUUAAAGAGCAUCUCUGGUAGAACCGUGAUGCAAAUGUGACCAACCCGGCGUGCUUCGCGUUUUCAUUCGGGACCAAAGCAAUUCGCUGUCGAAUGUCGUGAAAGGGAAGCGUAACGUUCCCAGACCAGGCAAGUCUGAGGUGGAGCGUGCGGAUCGUCGCGAGCGUGUGAGUGUGUGAGCGUGUGAGUGUGUGAGUGUGUGAGUGUGUGAGCGUGUGAGUGUGUGAGUGUGUGAGCGUGUGAGCGUGUGAGUGUGUGAGCGUGUGAGUGUGUGAGCCUUUAACAGAAGGAGCCCAAGGUCCUCCGGUGCCAUUCCAGCCAGCCGCUGUCAAGCCUCGCCCGCAGCUGGGAAUUCUCAGGCCCAAGACAAAAUAUAUUGGAAGGGAACCCCCCCCCCCCCCAGUAUAAUACAUAACAAAUUAAAUGAAAAAUAGUUGCACCCCAUAUCCUGCUCCCCAUCCCCCAAAACCCCCCCCGGUCCUGGGCUUGGGACGAAGUGUCCCAGUAGGCCCCACCCCCCCGAUCUGCGCCCCUGUUGUCAAGACGCGUAUCUCUGGAAUGGUGUUGCGAAGCCACAUUUCACCCGGUUUAUGUGUCCUUUUUUUUCGUUUUCUUUGUCGUUCUCGCUUUCGUUUUUAUUCCCCCUCGCUCGUUAAUUCGGGCUGCUUCGUCUCCGAGGUGCUUCCUGAACCCGCUCUCCCGGCCUUCCGGAUUGUUCCGGCGUGUUCCCCCCCCCCCCCCCGGGCCUCUGACUGAACGCUCGCGGCGGGAGUUUGCACGCUAGCACGGCGCAGCUCAACGCCGCCCCGUUUCAGGCGUAUGAAACCCGACAAGCACAAGCAUAUGCAGGCGAGGAGGACUGUGAUUGUAGGAAUAAAACCAGAUAAGAUAUGCAGCACAUCGCUUAGGGUAGACUGAGCGGAAACGGGCCUGAGGCUUUGUGCUUUAAUAACGGCCGUGCCAGUCUAAGGGAAAUGGAAGUAGGAAAAUGGUGAAGAACUCUUGAAACCCAUGGCUGACUUGACUACUGUACUUAUAUGCAGGUUGUGUCAUUUUGAAUAUAAAUGUUCAUAUUUAAUUUAGCCAUUUUCAGUCCUUGAGUUUGUUGCUGAGUGGAGAGGGAUGCACUGAUAUCUAUUUAAGUAAGCUUUUAUUCUCGGUCCUCUCAAAAAUCGUUUUUUUUUUUUUUUUUUUGGGUUAAUGGAGUUAGAAGUUAGUUUCCAGAUAAUCAACCUUUCUUAUUUCCUAAUCAGGGUCAAGUACAAAAUUGAGCACUCCUAUUGGUCAGCUCUCCACCAAUCCACGAAGGCUUGAGAAGCAUGCUGGCAGAGUAUUUUUCACUGAACUGUGUAAGAACUUAUGUGGUUCAUUGGUAUUUUUCUAAUCCCUAUGAGAGCAAAGUCCAAAGUUGAUUCAAUUUCUGUGUUGUGCAAGCUUCUAUGCAGUGUGUACAGUUCAAACCAUGGCUAUACCUCAGCCACUCUGGUGUCUCAGCAGGAACUGGGAAUUUGAAAAAAAGUUACUUAACUGCAUGUGUCCUUUGGAUAUGCACAUUUUCUAUGUUAGACAUUUUGCUGAUGGAAAUGACUGAAGUGUUGAUGAGAGCCCAGAGACUUCUGCUUGCUGUGCUCUGUUGAUGUUCAGGUCAUGCCGGAUUAAAGCAGCAAGCAUAUAUUUACUUUGAAUAUUUACAUGUAGGCCUUUGUCAGAAAUGCCUAAGUGUAAAGGUCAGUCUGGUUUGUAAAUCUGAAAUCACUCAGGAUGUAACAUUCCAUUGGAUAAAAAAAACACCUCCAUCAUGAAGAAAUGAUCUACAAUAAAAAUGUUCAAAAACAUGAAA